UCUUUAGAGAAAAACAAAAUGGUGAAGUUCGAGAGUUUUCCUAUACUGUUAGGGUUAGUUCUGGUUUUAACUCUGGUCGGAGCUCCGACCAAAGCCGAUGGACCUGUUUGUCGUCAGGCUGAGAAAUUUAGCAGAGCUAGCUUUCCUGAAGGCUUCCUUUGGGGAACCGCAACUGCAGCGUUUCAGGUUGAAGGAGCUGUUGAUGAAGGUUGUAGAGGUCCAAGCAUGUGGGACACUUACGCUAAGAAAUACCCACAUAGAUGUAAGAAUGAUAGCGCUGAUGUUGCUGUUGAUUUCUACCAUCGUUACAAGGAAGACAUUAAGUUGAUGAGAGACCUCAACACCGAUGCUUUCAGACUUUCUAUUGCGUGGCCCAGAAUUUUCCCACAUGGAAGAAUGUCUAAGGGAAUAAGCAAGCAAGGAGUCCAAUUCUACCACGACCUCAUCGAUGAGCUUCUCAAAAACAAGAUAACCCCACUAGUAACAGUCUUUCACUGGGAUACUCCUCAAGACCUAGAAGAUGAAUACGGUGGUUUCUUGAGUAGUCACAUUGUAAAGGAUUUUACGGAAUAUGCAAACUUUACUUUCCACGAAUAUGGACACAAAGUGAAAAACUGGAUUACAUUCAAUGAGCCAUGGGUGUUUAGUCGUGCCGGCUACGACACCGGGAAAAAAGCGCCGGGACGUUGUUCACCAUACAUCGAAUUAGAAACGGGGGGGCAAUGUGAAGAUGGACGGUCAGGAUUCGAAGCUUAUCAAGUCAGUCACAACUUACUCUUGGCUCAUGCUUAUUCCGUUGAAGCCUUCAGAGCAUGCAAACAGUGUGCUGGAGGUAAAAUUGGAAUUGCACACAGUCCAGCAUGGUUCGAACCAGCCGACCUUGACAGUGUUGGAGCUCCCAUUGAACGUGUGCUUGAUUUCAUCCUUGGAUGGCAUUUGCAUCCAACAACUUAUGGAGAUUAUCCACAGUCGAUGAAGGAUCGCAUCGGUUACAGAUUACCAAAAUUCACAGAAGCUGAAAAGAGAAUACUAAAAAAUUCUGCAGAUUUUGUCGGAAUGAAUUAUUAUACCUCACAGUUUGCAGCUCAUAUGAAGACCGAAGAUACCAAGAACAUAAGUUGGACGUCAGAUUCUCUUGUUCACUGGGAAAACAAGGAUGUGGAUCAAUACCAGAUUGGUAGCCAGCCUGCUGGGGGUAAACUGCCUGUGUAUUCAAGAGGAAUGAGAAAACUUUUGAAGUAUAUCAAGGACAACUAUGGAGACCCGGAGAUUAUGAUCACCGAGAAUGGAUAUGGAGAAGACCUUAAAGACCUUCAUAAUGACGUGAAAACUGGGACAAAUGAUCACAACAGGAAAUAUUAUCUCCAGAGGCAUCUCUUGAGUUUGCACGAAGCAAUUUGCGAGGACAAGGUGAACGUAACGGGAUACUACGUGUGGUCUUUGAUGGACAACUUUGAGUGGCAAGAUGGAUACAAGGCGAGGUUCGGGCUUUACUACAUCGAUUUCCUUAACAAUUUGACACGUCACCAGAAAGUUUCUGGCAAAUGGUAUUCCGAUUUCCUUAAGCCUGGAUUCCCAACUUCCAAGAUCGUGAGGGAAGAACUCUAAGAUCAUGAAUCCAAAUCAUGAAUCCUCCGAAAAAAAAAUAUAUUGCAAGAGAUCUUGUUCUUGAGGAUUAAUAUCAGUCUGUGUGUUCUAUCUAUAGAUCAUGUUUAUCCUUUUUAUUAAUAUGUGGUUUCUUUUGAUGCUAGCAUACUUGCGAGUUGUUGAAGUAGUCAUUGUAAUAAUAAAAUGUUGCUUACGUCAACAAAAUUAAUAAUUACAUGGUGCCGUCU